GUAUGCUUCCCUAUGAGGAUUACAUUCCUGACUGGAAACUCAGUCAUUAGCACACUCGUGUAAGAUUUAUUGCUCUAAAGCUCUCCUACUCUCGAGAUCAUGGCGGGCAAGCAAGUCAAAGUGGCAUUGUGGGGUGUACCUCGAACGAUGUCGACAGUGUUUGCAAAAUGCAUGAGCGCCAUUGACGAGAUGGAAGUCUACAUGGAGCUUUAUUCGUAUUCUAAAACAGCGAGUGGCAUGUUGAAAUCGGCGACCGGUCGUGAGCUACCGAGGGGACUGGAAGGAAACGAGGCGGUAUACGCAGAAGCGAUAACGGCGUUUGUAAAGGAAUUCAAUGGCAUUUUGAUACCGAGAAGAAUUUCAUGCUGUGAAAUCAAACGAGAUCUGGAGACUACCAAUAGUGAGUUCGUCUUCCUGAAGGAGGUGGCAUUUCUUACUGAUUACAUCCUGGAGUAUCUGCCACAAGGAUUCAAGCAUGUCUUCCUCAUUAGAGAACCAACAAAGGUCUACAAGUCAUACAGGAAAGGUGCCCUGAGGCUGUUGCAUGUAGAUGAUGUCGACAUCAUACAAUAUGAUCCUGCACAAUUACGACCAAUGUUGUGGUACGAGCAACAGCACCGGCUCUGGAAAUACGUCCAGCAAAAUCUCGACCCUAACCCAAUCAUCAUCGACGCUACCGAUCUGGCCACCAACCCACGGGAGAUCUUGAAAGGUUUCUGCGAUGCUGUUGGAUUUCCAUACAGCGAUAGCCUUCUGCAGUGGUCCCCGAGUCAUGAGUUCCCGAAGAACUUUGUGACGGCGGGUGAGAACCUCUUCGAGUCCAUGUCCAUGUUUUACUCGGCAGCGUUCAGCAGUACACACUUCGUGGCGCCUACCGUACAGGGACCCUUACCACAUGAUGAGCUGACAGAUGACGUCAUCAAAUGUGUCGACUAUUCUAUGCCAUUUUACCGUGAAAUGUAUGAAGCAAGAAUGCAAGUCUCUUAACAGUGUCCUGUUUGUACAUUUUUUUAAAGUAAAGAAAGCUCGCGUGUGUGGCAAAACCUUUUCACCCUCUUCCCCAGAUUAAGAACUCGAGGCAAACUACAUCCGGACUUCACUGGACUUAAAAACUGGGAGCCGUUUCAUAAAUCUGUUCGUAAGUUAAGAGCGACUUUAAGAACGACCGGUGAUCCUUUCUUAUGCGCUAAACCAAAUGUAAGUGUUUAAUUCAAUAUAGUAUUUACCACAAGAAAAGAUCACCAGUCGUUCUUAAAGUCGUUCUUAACUUACGAACAGCUUAAUGAAACACCCACCGGGAUGUUAACUGUUAUCUUUCUUCAAUUUGAAACUUCUCAUCCAAUGCAUGAUGUGUUCUGAUAAUUUUAGCUCAUUUGCUCUUGAUCUUGUUGAUAUAUCAGUUCCUAUAUUCAUUCACUUGUAAAAAAAACCCCAUAACAUAAGAUUACAUGGAAAACUACUAAAGCUGCUAUUUUGAAGCAACAUUUUCAACGUGGGGAUCGCAAUGACAAGAUUUAAAGUAAUUUUGAUACUUAGAAACUGCCUCAUUUCAUAAUCAAUUUGGUUAAAUUAUACGUUUAUUUGAAUUCCUCUGUUGUCAUUGAAAUAAUCAUACUUUCGUCAGGAUCUCAUUCUCUUGAGAAAAGUUGCGUAAUAAAGUUGCUUUUGCACAACUACGUCUUGCGACUGGUUGUGCCGGUCCGGUUACAAUAUGUUUAUUUUUCACAUUAUUGCAAUGGUCUAACUAGUCGCAAGGCCAACUGCGAGUGCUUUUAAACACGAUUUUGUUUCGUUCUGACUAAAUUUGUUAUGGUGUAAUAAUUUGCUUAGGUACUGUAUACUUGAAAGGUUUCUGCGAUGCUGUUGGAUUUCCAUACAGGGAUAGCCUCCUGCAGUGGUCCCCGAGUCAUGAGUUCCCGAAGAACUUUGUGACGGCGGGCUAAAACCUCUUCGAGUCCAUGUCCGUGUUUUACUCGGUAGCGUUCAACAGCACACACUUCGUGGCGCCUACCGUACAGGGACCUUUACCAAGUGAUCAGCUGACAGAUGAUGUCAUUAAAUGUGUAGACUAUUCCAUGCCAUUUUACUUUGAAAUGUACGGAGAAAGACUGAAAGUCUCUUAAAAGCGUCCUGUUGCGUUCGUUGACUGUUGUUGCCUUAAUCAAAUUAGCAACGCUAACUCAUUUCCCCCUUACUUUCCUCUGUAUUUCUUCACUGUGACAUGGUAGAGGACUUUGUAGAAGUUACUCCAAGAACUAUGACGAUUUUCUUAUGUUAUUCUCCAGGUGAAACCUACUCAACCAAUGUACAUGCUCAUUAUUCCUCAAAAGAAAUCACCAUUCACACAAUAAAAUGCGUUCUGAAAAUUGA